AUGAAUGGAGGCAUGACGGUUGCCUGUAGAGGCCACCAGUGGAGAGCCAAUAGUGAAAAAUUACUACCGGCCCUUAAACAAUCUGCCACUGCUGAAGUCGGUACUGUGAUGCUGGAGACACGCUUCUGCCGACCCGAGCCUCUGCUGCUGGUGACACGGAACGCUGUUGGCCGAGACGAAGACAGAAAACAAGCUGCUGACGGAAACACAAGACAAGCUGCUGGACACCCAGGAAACAGAGCUGAUGUACUAGUAGAACUGACAGUAAAGUACUAUCUGUUAUGCUGUUCUGCCUUCUCUUCUGAACACGUAACUGGUGGAAAUAACCGGCGUUGA